GUUAAAGCGCGGAGCGUCUCACGCAGACACUCAGAAACCUUUGUGACUUUCAGGAUGAGGUUAGAGUCUCUUCUCCUGCUGCUGUGUCUGUCCCACACGGCAGCAGCUGGCGGAGAGGCGGUGCAGGUGGACGAACAGCUGACCGUCCAGCCUGACGUCUGGGCAGAGGUGAGAGCGCUCAGACACCUGGUGGUGGAUCAGAGAGCAGAGCUGAACGUCCUGAAGACCAGACUGACGUCCAGCGAGAGUGAGCUGCAGGAGCUGAGAGGACAGCUGCAGACUCUCAGCACAAACACAGAGAGGUCAAAGGUGGCGUUCAGCGCCGCUCUGACUGAUUCAGGGCUGCUGGGACCCUUCAACACCGACACCACCAUCGUCUACUCCAAUGUCUUCACCAACAUUGGCAAGGCCUACAACCCUAUCACAGGUAUCUUCACAGCCCCAGUCAAAGGAGUCUACUACUUCAGAUUCACCGGUAUGGACUACCGCUCCGCCGUGCACAUGGGUGCAGCUUUAUAUAAAAACAAUCAGAGAAUCAUGCUGACCUAUGAAAUCAAUGUUAAUAAUGGAUAUUUUGAACACAUGUCAAAUGGAGUGACUUUGGAGCUGGAGAAGGGCGACGUCGUCUUCCUGCGUCUGCCCGCAAACAAAGGACUUUACGACAACAACGAGAGCCACAACACUUUCAGCGGCUUCCUGCUUUUCACUUUGUAAUCAACCAUUAAUGACACGUCGUGUGAGAAUAUUAAACAAUCUGGCUCAUUUCAA